CUGCGAGGGAAGAACUUUAUCUGGACUAGUCCAAACUCUGUCCAACACAAAGCAGCUGCUCGAUAACGACUUGUCACCUGGAGGAAACUCUGACUGUGACUUUGGCAACAAAAUCCCCCUGCAGUGUCACUCUCCUCUGAAACUGAACACCCCUGCUGUUCUGAAAGCCCCAAAGGAAAGGAAGCCCAGCAAGAAGGAGGGAGGAACAACAGGGAAGGCCUCCAGCCUGCCAGCUAUACUCUACAGUUGUGGCAUCUGUAAGAAGAACCAGGACCAACACCUGCUGGUUCUGUGUGACACCUGCAAGCUGUACUACCACCUGGGCUGCCUGGAGCCCCCUCUCACACGCAUGCCCAAGAAGACCAAGAACAGCUACUG